GUUAAAACCAUGACAUAGUCCCAAGCUCACAGAGACGUUGAGAAAGAGAACAACAUCGCAACCCUUCUCGGUUUUUAGCUUUUCUCCCCUUUCUUCUCCAUCGCGAACCUGAUGACAGUGGCGGACGUGGCCGGUUCACCAUAACGCAAACUUUGAGUUGGCACCAGAGCUCUCAAUUUUGGGGCUUUGUUUCUGCUAAUGCUACUGUUGCUGUUGCCAUCAUCCACCGUCUGCCUCCUCUGCUGCCGUGUGUGUCCCACACAGGAGAUGACAACACUGACAGUUGCAUCACCUACAGAAACACCAUGUGCUGUCAUGCCCCACUACUAGAGUCAGUGUGUGUAGCCCAUGCACUUUGUUCUGGUGAAACCCUCCCACCGCUGCCACCACAGACAGGACCGCAAAUAUCCCUGAGUCCAUCCCAAGGGACCUUGCCACAAUGAUUUUGAUUGUGAAGGAGCGGAUUGAGUUAUGUGUUAGAGUCCAAGUACCCAAACAAAAUAAAGGAGGUUAUAAGCCAACAAGAUACAACAAAAUCAUGGGCAAAUUCUGAAAUAUGGAUUCAUCAUAGAAGACCUGCACAUCCCUUGUUCAAUCUUAUCAAAUCAUUGUUCUCUCAUUUGUUUACCAAAAUGUUUGUUGAGUCUUUCAAUUGUGAUAUUGGUCAAUUGUCGAAACACCAACAUGCAUCUUAUCCAAAUAGCAAUAAACAAAGUAACUUCCCUUUUGAUUUAAUUCACUUUGAUGUUUGGGGAUUUAUUUUAGAAUCUAUCUUUGGAGCACAAUGGUUUGUUACUUUUAUUGAUGAUUAUACUCAUAUGGAAAGUAAAUUAGAGUUAUUUCAAUGUGGUGGGUGUUGUACUAGUUAGUUUUUUCUGUCUUGUCAAAAAUCAACUUGGAAAACACAUCAAAAAAAUUAGGUCCAGUAAUGAUACUGAAUAUAUGAAUCAUGAAUUCUCCAAAUUAUUGUCCCUUAGUAGUAUUGUCUAUGAACUAAUGUGUUAUCAUCCACAACAAAAUGGGGUUGCAAAAAUGAAGAAUUGUCAUCUCCUAGAAGUAGCUAGAAAUCUUUUUUUUCCAGAUUUUUGUUCCCAAAAUGCAUUGGCGAGAAGCUGUUUUAAUUGCCUUAUAUCUCAUUUACAGGUUACUCCUUUGUGUCAUGAAUGACACUAGUUCUAUUGAGUAUCUAUUGUCUUGUUACCUUUUCUCUCUUAGUGAUAAAUAUACUUUAGUACUGUAGCUCCUAAUCACGGUUUGCUAUUAAUGACAAUGUGAAAAGAAGGGAAAUAUACAAAAAGGGGGAUUGAAUUGUGUAUUAAAAAUUUUCUCUAUGUUUAGCUAGAAUGUGUGAUUUGUUGAUAAAGAGGUUUUAAGACUGAAAAUUAUCAGGUGUAGUUUUUUGUUGACAGAGUUACAGUCAAAAGUAUUUUCACAAACCUUGUAAAAAAUCACCUUUUUUAACUUGUUAAACAAUAGGUUUAUAAUAUACAAUUCAAAAAGGUUAAAGGAUGAGAAAGAUGUAUUCUUAUGUGGAAUCAACCCCUUUCUUCUUAAAGAUGUCUUCAAUGUAUAGAGGUCUUACGAAAAAUAGCAUUUAAAAAUCCUUUCUAGCUGUUGCAUAGUCUUGAAGGUUUUUCGUUCUCCAAGCAUGCUGCAAUAAAUGCUCUGCAAGCAACAUGGUGCCAUCCUCCUUUCAUCAUUUUCCUUUUUUUCAUUUCGGGGGCCAUAGGUUACUAAUUCUCAACUCUUCUAAUGGUUCUGUAAUCUCUUUUUAGUGUUUGAUCAGACUUUGAUUUAUCUUAUUCUAAUGGUUUUAUUUUUAAUUUUUUGUUUAGAAUGCCUCAAGGGUUGGAUUUAUGGAUUGCGGUGGCAUUUGUACAAAAGAUUGCUUGUAACCUGUAUAUUUUGUAUGUACAGCUUUUAGAACCUGAUGAGAUACGUGUUCCUUUUGCCCAUAUGGGAAUGGCUUAUGGUGAAAUUUGCUUAGCGUUUUGUUCCAUUACAAACAGUUUGCCAUGCUUAAUGGUUUUAGCUCGAGCUUUACCAGUAGAAAGUAAUGAAAUCCCAUGCCAAGUCCUGAAUGUGCAGUCCUUUAAAAGUAUUAUUUUAUAAGUAACCUCAUUUAGCAUCCAACUAUGUUAGAUUUAUAAGUGCAAAUUAAUAAGUACAUAAAGGAUGAAGUUACAAAUUAAAUGGGAGAGAAAUAUUUUUUUGCUUAUAAUUGAGCUAUAUAAUUGCAUAAACACACAGGGAUUACUUUCUGCAGAUUUUGAUCAUUCUUUAAUUAUUAUAUUUGUUUUAUAUGAGGUACCAUAAAUGUUAUGAGUUUUAUGUGCAGAUCUUGUAUGUUAUAAAGUGUAGACUGACAAAUGGAGGCACUGAAAUCAUGUUAUGGGGAUGGAUCUUCUGAUUCGGAUUCUGAAUCUGUACCGUCAGCUCCAACCUCUGCUCCCUCGGCUGUAUUUACACCCCUGCCACCACCUCCUAUCUCUCUCCUUGACCCAUCAGCAUUUCUUGAUCUGCAGACAGGUCAGACAACAAGAGUUAGGAGCUUCCCUCAUGUCGAUGGUAACUAUGCCUUGCAUAUUUACAUACCAAUUAACAUUUCAUCUCCAUCGAAGAAAGAACUAUCUGCUUUCUUGAAAAAAGUUUCAUCCCGGGAACCAAAUCUUUAUGUUGUUGAUGUUGAUGUCCCAUUAAACGUGCUCUGCAAAAAUGACGACAAGCUCGAACAAGUUGCCUUAGGAAGAGAAUUUCAUAUAAGUUUGGGAAGAACUGUUCCAAUACGAGUGCACCAGAUUGACUCAGUGAUCUCAAUGCUGAAACAGAAGCUUCAAAUUCAGCGCCAUAGGUUUUGGAUAGACUUUAACAAGUGGGAGGUUUUUGUUAAUGAUGAUCACACUCGCACCUUUCUCUCAGUAGAAGUUGUUCAAGGAGGGUUAAUAGAGAUUUCAAAGCAAAUCGAAGCAGUCAAUACAGUUUACAGACUUCAUAAUCUUCCCGAGUUUUACAAGGAUCCUCGUCCGCACAUAUCCUUAGCAUGGGCACUGGGUGACAUUUCCCAUUCACUGAAGAAAGUUGUCGACGAGGAAAUGAAGUGCGCUGUGGGAAAAUCUUUCAAGAGUAUUUUUAGCUGUAAAUUCAAAGGUAUUGAAUGUAAGAUUGGCAAGAAAGCAUAUGCAAUAUGCAAAAUUCCUGAUGGACAGUAAUUAUACGUGCACUCUAAAGAAAGAGCAUGCGAUUACCUGAAAUAUUGAGGUGCAUGGAAUUCUUUUUAUCUAAAAUGUUGGGUUUUCUUGGUUUGGUGACACCUGAUCAUAAAUAGUUUACGAGGGAGAUGUGAAUGUGACUUCGUCAUUUUAUUCCUUACGAGUUGUAGACCAAACCCAAUGCUUGUAUGAGUUCAUCAAAGCUGUGUAGAGAUAGAUUACUUAAUGAAAUAUUAUUAUUACUAAUAUAUAAAUACACAGGCGUGAUGACUGUUCAUA